AUGGCGGAAAUUCAAAAAAAGAAGAGAGUGUUUCUAUCAGUGGAGCAGAAGAUGCAAAUUGCCGAACAAUUACAGAAGGGAAUGACGGUGAAGGCACUUUCUCGAGAAUAUGGAGUAUCGCCGGAUGUGAUUCAUCGGAUUCGACGAGAGUGUACACUCCUAUCCGCUUUUGGGACCCGCUGGAGCCAUGUAUUACAGCAUAAAAAUCGAAGAAGAUCUUCGGUCGAAGAUUUAGAAGAACGAUUGUAUACAUGGUUCGUUCAACAACGAGUGAUGGGAAACCCCAUAACAGAUUUGCUGUUGCUGGAAAAGGCCCGCGAAAUGUUGGCUGCGCACAGAGUAACCUCAUAUGUCGGAAGCAAGGGCUGGUUGUGGAGAUUCAAACAACGCUAUCCGAUCCACUUAGCCCAUGCUCAUGGUGAAAAAGCAAGUGCUGACAAAGAUGGUGCGCAAAAUUUCAUAAAAACAUUCAAUGACAAAAUCGCGGAAGAGGAUAUAAAUUUAAAUUUAGUCUUUAAUAUGGACGAAGCAGGCCUUUUAUGGAGAACUAUUCCUUCGAAAAGCCUUAUAACAGAUACUGAAAGUAAAUUGGAAGGGAGAAAAUUAAAAAAGGAUAGGGUGUCCAUUGGUUUGUGUAGUAAUGCAACUGGCACCCAUAAAUUGGCCCCGAUUUUUAUUCACAAAUUUCAAAAUCCACGAGCUUUGAAAAACUGCAGAAAUUUGCCAGUGGUUUACAAAUCACAGCGUCAAGCGUGGAUGACGCAAGAAAUUUUUAAUUCCUGGUACGAGGAGCAUUUUAAACCUAGCGUUGAAAUGUACAAAACAGAAAGUGGUAUGUUAGGUAAAGUCGUUCUGUUGGUGGACAACUGCUCCAGCCAUAAAACUAUUACACCCCAAGUACAUGAAAAUUUUGAAAUUAUUUAUCUACCCCCCAAUACGACAUCCCUGAUACAACCCGUGGACCCAGGCGUUAUUGCCAAAUUUAAAACAACCUACAGACAUAAGAUGUUACGCCGAGUUUUGCAAUAUGAGCAAGGAAUACAGGAGUUUUAUUGUAAAUUUAAUAUUAAAGACUGCACAAAUUUAGUGGCGGAAUCAUGGACAGAUAUUACAUCUGCCAAUCUGCAAGCCAGUUGGAGCAAAAUUUUCUGCAGGGAAUCCGAACAAAUUGAUAUAUGCAAUACUUCCAUAAACUCCGAAAUGACGGACAUUAUUAAUGCUCUCACGGGCGAAAAUAAUGACAGCGAAGAAUUGAACACCGUACUUACACAUUUGGAGGAACAGGAGGCAAUGAAUUAUGAAGAUGACAGUACGGCGAUGGAAAUAGAAAGAAGUGGAAAUGAAGAAGAAGAAAAAGAGGAAGAACAUGAUGAUACACAACAAAUCCAACCAACUGAAACAGAGAGAAUUGAAAAAAAGAAGAGGGACUUAAUCAUAUUUGAAAAUAUUAUUAAGGAGUAUGGUAAUGAUAACGAAGCAACCUUAAUCAUUGGGGAGGCACUUAAAACAAUUUUAGAAAAAGAACCGCUACGGAGAAAAGAAAGCCAACCGUGA